CUGGCGCGGGAGCGGGAAAGGGUGCGCUAUGCCUUUAACGCCCGCGUACAGUAGACAUGUAUAGUGGAGUGUGGGGAAACUCUAGGCGGGGUUAAAGUUCAGCUCAUGGAGCGGCAAUAGCGCUGGCUGGCUGCAGUUGAGCCGAGUUGGAAAUGUGAACGCAAGAAGCAGGCUUGAUUUUUUUUUUUUCUCCCCCUUUCUCUCUCUCUCUCUUCCUCUCUCCCUCUCUUUCUCCUUUUGCACCCACACUCACGCACACCUCCAAACCACACACCCAGCCGCACACACACACACACACCCCACCGCACAGCAGUUAUGUAUUCUCCGCUCUGUCUCACCCAGGAUGAAUUUCAUCCUUUCAUCGAAGCACUUCUGCCCCACGUCCGAGCCUUCGCCUACACAUGGUUCAACCUGCAGGCCCGAAAACGAAAAUACUUCAAAAAACAUGAAAAACGUAUGUCAAAAGAAGAAGAGAGAGCUGUGAAGGAUGAGUUGCUAAGUGAAAAACCAGAGGUCAAGCAGAAGUGGGCAUCCAGACUUCUGGCAAAGUUACGGAAAGAUAUUCGACCUGAGUACCGAGAGGAUUUUGUUCUUACAGUUACAGGAAAAAAACCUCCAUGUUGUGUUCUUUCCAACCCAGACCAGAAAGGCAAGAUGCGAAGAAUUGACUGCCUCCGCCAGGCAGAUAAAGUCUGGAGGUUGGACCUGGUUAUGGUGAUUUUAUUUAAAGGUAUCCCGCUGGAAAGUACUGAUGGUGAGCGCCUUGUAAAGUCCCCACAGUGCUCCAAUCCAGGGCUCUGUGUCCAGCCCCAUCACAUAGGGGUUUCUGUUAAGGAACUCGAUUUAUAUUUGGCAUACUUUGUGCAUGCAGCAGAUUCAAGUCAAUCUGAAAGUCCCAGCCAACCAAGUGACGCUGACAUUAAGGACCAGCCAGAAAAUGGACAUUUGGUCUUCCAGGACAGUUUUGUCACAUCAGGUGUUUUUAGUGUGACUGAGCUAGUAAGAGUGUCACAGACACCAAUAGCUGCAGGAACUGGCCCGAAUUUUUCUCUCUCAGAUUUGGAAAGUUCUUCAUACUACAGCAUGAGCCCAGGAGCAAUGAGGAGGUCUUUACCGAGCACAUCCUCUACCAGCUCCACAAAGCGCCUCAAGUCUGUGGAGGAUGAAAUGGACAGUCCUGGUGAAGAGCCAUUUUAUACAGGCCAAGGGCGCUCCCCAGGAAGUGGCAGUCAGUCAAGUGGAUGGCAUGAAGUAGAGCCAGGAAUGCCAUCUCCAACCACACUGAAGAAGUCGGAGAAGUCUGGUUUCAGUAGCCCCUCGCCUUCUCAGACCUCGUCCCUGGGAACAGCAUUCACACAGCAUCACCGACCUGUCAUUACAGGACCCAGAGAAUUCAAGAUGGUUCCCAGCAUCCUCGGUUCUCCUUUCUGGAAAGUCUACUCAGGUACCCAUACUUACUGCACCCCACCCCUCUAGUGGUCUGGUGAAGGGAGUUGGAGUAGUUGAGAUGAAAUGCCUUAGUUGCAUCUUUGUGGGAAGAAUCAUAGAGUUGAGAUAGGCUAACGUGACAUUUUUGACUAAGGCAUCUUUAAAAGGUUUAUAUUCAGCCUCUCAUUAUUUAAGAAGUAUUUACCACAAGUUCUGUAUUCCCUUUUAUUCUUCUGUGAACCAUUUGGAAAGCUGACACUUGAAAUUACGUCACAUCUAGCACCAAGAGUUGGUGUUUGGAAAGAUAAGGCUGAAUUCGGUUAGGGAGAGUCUGACUAAGAGAGUCAGGGUAGAAUACAUGUGAGAUGUGAACAUAAAGGAAAAUUCAGCUUCUGAUGCUUUUUUUAUUGUGUAGAGUUGCCACAACCUGAAACAGUACAUCAUUAGAGAAGUCAGACAAUCAAACUUUAAAGGGACCUUGGAGAAGAGAAAAGUGUGUCCUAUUACUAGGUUCCUGGGGUGGGGGGUUAAGGUGGGGGGCACUGUAUACUGUACUCUUGCUCAGGGUCACGUGGUAUAUUCACCUCUGAUCAGAAGCCAGGUUGCAAGUGCUUUCCCAAAAGUUCCUCAUGGGAAUACCUUGACUUAACAAGCACCAGUUAGCCAACAAUAACUAUGUGAAGUAUCCCAGUGCCUAGGUCAAAGGUGAUAACAGACUAUAACAAAGCAAGUUCACCUCAUUAAGAAAGCAACAGCUAUAUUUUUUUACUGCAAACAAAAGCUGUAUUUAUAAAUUUGGUGGCCACCUUAGGAGAAAAAAAAAAAAAAAAGACUUGAAGGUUACCUCUUGAAAAGAGGUAAUUUGGUAUAGUAGUUAAGCACAAAAGCUUGGGGGUCAGAUGGACCUGUGUUUGAAUCUUGUCUUCACCAUUUUUACCAAAUGGGUGAACUUCAUCCAUUGUUUUACUUCUCUGAGGCAUAGGUUUUUCAUCUCUAAAUUGGAGAUCAUAAUCCCCACCUCAAAAGAAUUUUAUGAUGUAAAGAGUAAAUGAAAUCAUGUAUUUAUAGUUAUUAGCACAGUACCUAGAAAUAGAGUAUCACGCAGGCCAUGCAAACAAUUAAAUAAUCCAUUUUCAUCCAGGCUUUGAAAAUUUCAUACUAUCCCUCCUGCCUUUGCCUCUCAGCAACGCACUCAUCUUCAAGACCCAGCUCAAGUACUACUUUCUACAUGAAACCUCCUUGGCUCCACCUAGCCUGUCAUCAUCUCCCACCCCUUGAACUCCUAUAGCCUUUAAUGUCUGCACAUUUACUUGAGGAGCUUUGUCUUGCUUUGUAAGUUAAUGUGGGUGUCUCGGCACCCUCCUAGAGUGAAAACACGGAGGGAAGGACCUCUAACUUAUACACUUUGGUAUCUUCAUUGUGACUUACAGAGUGGGUUAUAUAUGCACAGAUAUGGGUUGAAUGAAUACAAAGUACUCAAAAUACCCAUGAAUAUACACAAAAGACACUUGUCCCCUCUCCCAAACUGAUGGGCUCUCGUUGCUUCAGAAGAAUCAGGAUGAUAUGAAAUAUGUAUAUUUUGUAAAGUACUUUUUUUUUCUAAGGAAUGUCCAAGAUGGAUUGUCCAACCAUGGCCUUUCAUCCAAAGAAAAACUUUGCAAGCUUAUCUAAGCAGAGUUUUGAUACUAAAAGCUAUAGUUUUUCUUAGUUAUGCUAAGUUCUAACCCCUUGCCUAGUUAUAUCAUAAAGGUAGAGACGUGUAGUUUCUUAAAACAGGUCUUCCCUCUUAUGGCAUUAUUUGUGGCUUUGAUAAAUCACUUAACCUUCAGCCUCAGCUUGGCCAUCUGUAUCAUGGGGAUAAUGCUUUGCUAUCUGUUUUUCUCGGUGGCAUAAUUAGGUAAAUGGAUUAAAGUACUUUGGAGUGUUUUGAGGAAAAAAAGGAAAUUCAAUUUUUAGUAAAGGUGCCUGUAUCUCACUAUACAUAAUUACAAUUACCAUGUACUUUAGGCUGAAAGAUUGAGCUUUGAAAGACUUUCUUUUACCAAUACUUAAAACGCCAACCAUGAUAAAGUAUUUAAUUAUGAUCAUUUAUCUUAUCAUGGGAAUUGAAAAAAAAAACUUUGUUCUUCCUUUCAUCCUUUCAAGAGCUUUUAAGUUUGCCUGAUGAUUUAUAAGAAUUUAACUCCUUUUGAGAUUUGGAGUAAUCAGUGAUAUUUUAGAGUUUCUUGAAAGUUUGAAGAAACUUAUGUUUGAAACUUGUGUAUCUGCCUUAGCUAUUUUCAAAAACAACAAGAUAAAGAAUGAUAUUUACUUUAUUUAAAUGUUCUGCAGUAAGUAAAGUAACUCUGUGCUUUUGGAAUUUAGAAAUAGAGGAGACAGUAGUUAAAAGUAAUUGGCAGCCCACUCCUAGGAAUAUAUCCUAGAGAAAUAAGAACCAUCACACAUGGAUAGGCAUAUGCACACCCAUGUUCACUGCCGCAUUGUUCACAAUAGCAAAAAGAGGGAAACAACCUAAGUGCCCAUCAACAGAUGAGUGGAUAAACAAAUUAUGGUAUAUACACACAACAGAAUACUAUGUAACAAUAAAGAACAAUGAUGAAUCUGAGAAACAUCUCACAAUAUGCAUGAAUCUGGAAGGCAUUAUGCUAGUGAAAUAAGUCAAUCACAAAACGACAAAUAUAUGAGCCCACUGUUAUAAAAAGCCAAGAAUAGGUUUACAUACAGAAAAAAAAAAAUCUUUGAUGGUUACGAGGAAGGGGAGGGGAAAUCACUAACUAGAUAGCAGACAAGUGCCUUAAUUUUGGUGAAGGAAAAAAACACACAAAAUGGGGGAAGUCAGAACAACUUGAUUAAGGCAAAGCCAUAGAAGGUUCCUAGAUACAUCCAAACUACUUGAGAGACCAAGUUACUGGGGCCAAGGGCUGGAAACCAUGGUCUCAGGGGACAUUUAGGUCAAUUGGCAUAACAUAGUUUAGUAAGAAAAUAUUCCACGUUCUAAUUUGGUGAAUAGUGUCUGGGGUUUUAAAAGCUUGUGAAAAAUGUCUAAAAUACAUCUAUUGGUCCCAUCAUAUUUGGAGCAAAGGAGAAUAAAGAAAACCAAAGACAGAAGGAAAAUAUGAGUCCAAAAGACUAGUGAACCACAUGAACCACAGCCUUCACCAGCCUGAGCCCACCAGAACUAGAUGGUGCCACCACCGACCUCUCUGAUAGGAAUUAUAACGGAGGAUUACAGACAGAGUGGGAGAAAAAUGUAGAACAAAAUUCAAAUUCACAGAAGAAGACCAGACUUACUGGUCUGACAGAGACUGGAGGAACCCCCGAGAUUAUGUCCCCCAGACACCCUGCUAACUUGAGCCUGAAGCCAUAUAAACAAUAACACACGUGAGCGAUGAGCUUCUUAUUUCAAUCAAGUAAGUAUAGGAGACCAGCUGGGCAACACCUAUCCAAAAGCAAAGAGGAGAAGACAGGAAAGGGGCAGGAAACCUGGACAAAUGGACACGGGAACCCAGGGUAAAGGGAAAGGGGGAGAGUGCUGACACAUUGUAGGGAUUGCAACCAGUGUCUCAAAAGUAUGUAUAAAUUUUUGAAUGAGAAACUAAUUUGCACUGUAAACUUUCACCUAAAACACAAUGAAAUUAAAAAAAAAAAGUAAUUGGCAGAUAAGCAUUUACUGAGCUUCGUCUAGAACCAUAGAAUUUCAGAAUCCUAAAGAAUUGUAAGACACACUGGGAAUUUUCUGGUCAGCUCCUAACCAAAAGGUUGGCAGUUUGUAUCCACCAGCUGCUCCUUAGAAGCCCUAUCAGGCAGUUUUACUCUGUCUUAUAGGGUUGUUAUGAGUCGGAAUCAACUCGACAGCCACAGGAUUUUUAUAUUGACUAAGGAUGUGUUUUGCUGCAAGUAACAGAAAUUGUGACUAAGAGUAAAAAAAAAAAGCUUGGGAAAAUUAGGAGUUGCAUUUUUCUCACAUAAAAAAAGUGUAUGACCCAGGGCUGUUAUGUUAUCUCCAUUUUGUUUUAUGAUGCUAUCAAGGAUCCAGGUUUCUUCUCUUAGCCCUGCUUAAAAAAAAAACAAACCCAGUGCCGUCGAUUCUGACUUAUAGAGACCCUAUAGGACAGAGUAGAACCGCCCCAUAGAGUUUCCAAGGAGCGCCUAGCAGAUUUGAACUGCUGACCCUUUGGUUAGCAGCCGUAGCACUUAACCACUACACCACCAGGGUUUCCAGCCCUGCUUAGUGGGUCAUUUUUAUCUUCAUGCUGUGGCCUCAUGGUCAUAAUGUAGCCCCCUGCACUCCAACCUUACAUCUGCAUCCCAAGCAGGAAGGAAGAAAAGGCAAGGGCAAAGUGCUUGCCCGCUCAUUUUGCCACCUUUUAUAGAAUCUUACCCAGCAGGGUCAAACCUAUGUCACAUGAUCACCUCUAGCUGCAAGGGAGGCUGGAAGAAUCGAGAUUUUUAGCUAGGCAUAUAGUCACUCUAUAAAAUCAGGGCUUUAUAAGUAGGUAAAUGGAAAAAAAAAAAUGCUGAUUAGCAAUUAGUAAUGUUCUCCAUGGUACUCCUACAGAUGAGAGAUCUAAGAUGCCCAGAGCCAAGACUAGAAACCAGUCUCCAGGUCGGUGCCCUUUCUACCAUAUCAGUGUCUUCUAUCUCCCAGUCCUCCAAACUGGGAGAAAUAAAUUGCAUUCAUUUAAAUAAUUAGUUUGUUUUCAUGUUUUUUUAAUCAGUCAAAGAUACAACAUAGCCAUUUAGGUAUUUUGAUAAGCAUGCCAUAACUAGUAUUAUCAUAUGGUGUUUUUUUAGUAAGAGCCAUAAACAAAUCACUUGACCGGCCUUUUUUAUUAGCCCCUGAAUCCUUGCUACUGGUAAAUGCAGGGUUUCUGUUAGAUUGAAGUCACUUCAAAACACAUUUUUUAAGGCCAGUUUGGCUUUUUUCAAUGUUGACAUCAGCUUGCAAACUUCCAUUACCCUCUGGAGACUCAUCAGUUCUUUUCACAAAUAUUUAUCAAGCACUCGCAAUGCUCAAGGUGCUGUCUUAGUUGCUGAGUAGAGUGGACAAGAGAAACAUGGCUUCUGCCCUCAGAGCGCUUCCUGCUAGUGGAUGGAGGCAGCUGUACUGCUGUGAUAGGAGGAGUACAGCCUGGAGGGAAUGAGGGGGAAGGCAUCUUAACAAAGAACUGCGAUAACAUUUGGCACUUUGCAAGCCCAAAGAAGCACAAAACUUAACCCCUAUCCUCAAGCAGUCCACCUUCUCAUUGUAACCACGCAAAACUGAGCAACAGCGAAGAAAUCAUGCUAUUCGAUAACUAAGUACCGAGGAAUUAACACAUAAAAAUGUGAGCAGGAGGCUACCUACUUUAUGAACCUAAAAGGGAGUUUAGAAGUAAAAUUGCCCUGAUUCUGAAAAUAUGCAUAAGAUAUGUUUAAACAAUAGCCGUAUAAACCAAAGAUUUAUUGCUCAGCUUUCGAAGACUCACGCCAGUUUCUGAAUGGAGAGGUAGUAGAAGUUUAUAUGCUCUAUAAACUUCUCUAAGUCCAUGAUCCUCAAAGCUCACACAGGAACCCUGCUCUUUAGUGAUGAAACAUCUGAGAGUCUGAAGUCAACAAUAUCUCCCAGUUUGGCCAAGAAAAAUAUACUGCAGAGAAUAAUGAGAAUUAAGAUUACGUUCCAGGAAGUUGAGGUCACCAGGACAGGUUGGAGUAGAUUCAUAAUAUACUUAGACAACAGUAAAGGAGAGGGAGGUAAAAUAUGAAGGCAAUAGAUGUCACUAAAUGGCAGGGACCGUUAGGACAGGAACUACGUCUUUAUUAUUCAUCCCUGUAUCCCUCAGCCUGGUGCCUGGCGUAUGGAAAGCAUUCAAUAAGUAUUUGUUGAAUAAAUGAACAAAUGCAUGGAUUUGAUUGAAGACAGAAAGUUUGAGAAUAAUAGGGAGUUCCUUCUACCCCCUGGGUGUAAUAAUAAUAUAAUAUUCAAAUACAAAAGGAAUAACACUUAGCAAAGUGUAUAUAGCAUUUAUAAGUGCUCUAUAUAUGUGAUUUUAAGUCAGAGUUGCCACCUUAAUAGGCAUUGAGAGAAAUGCUGAGCUCAAAAUUGUGUGGUCUCCCUUUUAAAGAAUAUUUGCUGUGGUAUUUUAACGUUGUCUGUCUAAACUGAAGACCCUCAAGAAGGAGUGUUCUUGGUGCUUCACCACUACUAUAAAUAUGUCACCCUCUCCUGGCAUAGACCCCCAAGGGGUAGAUUUGCUCAGCCUUCUUGUAUCAUAUCCACAAAAUUUUGUCUUUUAGGAAAGCUUUUAACUUAGUUGUAGAACAUGCCUGUGCCUCUUUCAGUGGAACUGGAUCUUAUAUGUCUCUUGUAGUUCAGUGCAGUUGAAUCAUCUUGGGAAAUGAGAAGCAAUUCAAGUACCUGUUGCUAACAAGGUGCUGAAAUAAUCUGCCAACAGACACAAGGUGUUUACUUAUCAUUGGAGUAUGUUGUUUGAGAAAACAUUGUAUUGUCUUUCUACAAUAAGAAUUGCCAGAAUUGUUUCUCAGAUGCAGGCAUUGUAGACUUAACAAGUCCCACCUUUGCGGAACAUAGAAAAGAGAAGCAAGAGGACUUGUGAACAUUAUUAGUCAAGAUUAGCUCAGGUGUCAGUGCCCAGCCUAAUGGAAACGUUAUCGGUGGGAUUCAAAGUAACUGGGUAGUAAAGAGGAAGGGCAGUUUUUUAGCAAAGGCCCUUUAAGUACCUAGUUCAGGAAAUUAUUAAAUUCAUUAGCCAGAUACUUACAACCAGCUAUUACUGCCCAGCCAAAGGAAAAAACAGUGCCAGCAAAUGUUUUAAAACUACAACUAAACAAAAGUCAGGAAGCGUGUAAUUAAAACUGUACCUUUAUUGUAUUGUAAAGAGUAUCACUGUGACAUGGAAAAUAUUUAAGGGAGAAGGCUGUUUAGCUAAUUUGUCUGCAAGUGAACUGCUUAGUGGAGAACUAUCCUAAAUUAACUGUAAGGCCACCCACUGAGCCAACCUCAUAAAGGGCCGUGGCUGCUCAGCUUGGUUUUGUGUAACCGUUCAAUAAUUACUAGAUAAAUGCAUAACUAAAAGCCCUAUUACACUAAUAAUUUGUACUGAGAUAGAUGUGUGGGACACCCUGCUGGGUUAAUUUGUCAUCCCCACAGCAAACUUCUGAAGAGAGCUCUUCUGCAGGGGAAUCGUUAAUUUGUUCCAGGGAGGGCAGGUUAGAGCAGUAAGACCUCUUGACUACUUCAUCUCUUAAAGAGGCAACAUGCCCUCAGGGUGAGUGCCAAAGAGAAGAAUAGGGUGAUUAACCAAGUGGACCUAGAUUUAAACUCAUCUUGACAAAAGAAGCUGCUUUCUCUUGGAAUUCCUUGUCCCUUCACACACAUGCACCAACACACACACACACAAAGGACACACAUGUGCACACAUGGCGAUGCACAUAUACACAGACAUGCACGUGCACACACGUACCAUGGCUCCACAUGUGCAUACACAGCGAAGGCAGUGGUUCUGAGCAAGGUUCCUUAGAAAUUCCUUCACUGAUAAGAUUUCCAGGUAUCCCUUGUACAGUAAAUCACAUAAUGAGAUAAGUCCCUACAGUUCUUUCUUACUGGUUUCAGUUAAUCUAAUGUUAAUUCCAUGUUUAGAUCCCUUAUUUAUAUUCCUUUUCUCCAAGUGGAAUAAAAAAUUCAAGAUUGAACUUGUAUCUCCUCUUUAUGUGAAAUGUUUUCUUCCAUCCCUCUCUCACAUACACUCAAUUGCUGCUUUAAAUAUGAAACACACGUUUAAGCUUCAGUGCAGGGUUUUCAACCUCCCCUAUUGACAGAACCAUAAAUCAUGUUAAACUUAAGUGAAUUACUGUAGCAUGGAACUGUAGCUUUAACAAUGUUUAUGUAGUAUCAGCUUAUCAUCCAUGUAGGAUAAAGGAGGUGAACACUGAAUCUCAAAAUGGGAAUGUACGGUCCUGUUAAGGUGGUUGCAGUCUCACAGAGAGUGAUCCAUUCCAUGGCUGGAUCCUUUGAACUUUUGAAACCAGCGUAUUUAAUCACCCACAUGUAUGUGAUGUUUUUUAAAAAUGUGUGUUUCCACAGUAAAUUUACAUUUGUCAUUUGCCAUUUCUUUAUAUUAAAUGGAAGUUGCUUUUUCCUCCAGCAAUUCCUUUUUCUUGGAUACAAAACACAUGUAAGCACCAUCAGAGUUGCCAGGCUUUAUUACAGUAAUAAGAGGCCUCCAAGAAGAAAACCUGUUGCUGUCGAAUCGAUUCCAACUCAUGGUGACCUUGUGGGACAGAGUAGAACUGCCUUAUAGGGUUUCCAAGGAGUAGCUAGUGGAUUUGGACUGCCGACCUUUUGGUUAGCAGCUGAGCUCUUAAUCAUUGCACCACUAGGGCUCCAAUAAGGGGCUUAUGAAUAAAGACCUCUGAAAAAUAAUUCAGAUGAAAGCAGCCAAGUACAGUUAAAAGAACAUGGUCUUUGGAGUCAACCAGAAGAUAAUUCAAAUCAUGGCCAACCACUUUGGUUCUGUGUAAGCUUCCGCAAGUCACUUUUCCUCUACCAGCCUUUGUCUUCCCACCUAUGAUAUACUUUAAAGAGUUAAUAGGAGGAGAAAAUGAAAUGGCAUACAUAGAGGACUUGGUACGUAGUAAAUAUCCAAUAAGUGUUAAUGAUCUCUUAGGCUCCCCCGAGCCCUAUGUCAUUAUUUGCUUUCUUUGUAUGUGAUUCUCUUUAAAUGAUUCUCAUGUCCUUGGUUCCUCACUCCCCAUCCCUAGUUCUCUCUUUCUGCCUGCUUUGUGGGUGGGGAAAGAGCAUGUUCUUCUCCUCUUAGCUAGGAGACGUGUGUCUGGAAGAAGAGAUAUGGUCUCGGUGAAGUGAGCAAGCAUGGUCACUCCAUCUCAUCCUCUUGUUAUGGUUGGAAGAACAGGAAAAUCUCCCCAUGGAGCAAGUGGCCGUUCUCCCAUGACUGGUUGCCCCUCAGCUAUGCACAUGGUAGGGACUUCACUUGGAUAUGCCUUCAUUUGGUCGUGGCUCUUUCUAAAGGGUUAAAUACCUUUUUUUUUUACAGGAAUAGGUAAAGCCAGGACUGGACUGGGAAAUUAUUGGUCCUAAAAUGGAAGGACUGGACUUACUUGAUACAAAUAUGUCAUAACCAAAAGAAAAAAAACCACCACCAUCGAGUCAAUUCCGGUGCUUAGUGACCCUAUGGGACAGAGUAGAACUGCUCCAUAGAGUUUGCAAAGCUGUAAUCUUUAUGAUAGCAGAUUGCCACAUCUUUCUCCAGUGGAGCAGCUGGUGGGUUCAAACUGCCAACAUUUAGGUUAGCAGCCGAGUGCUUUAACCACUGUGCCACCAGGGCUCCUUAAGUAACUCGUAAGCCUUCUAUGUUUUCUUAACUUUCACUUUUACAUUUGCCUUCCUAAAAUAUCCAAAUUCUUCUAGAAGAUGGAAAUCUAUAUUUUUUUAAGCUAUCAGCAUAUCUUUGUAUUAAAUUUAAUUCAGCAAAUAGGUAUUGAGAACUUAUUAUCUACCAAGCACUAGGCUCUAAUGAACAAGCCAGACAUGGUUCCUGCCCUAGCAGAAAAGACAGGCAUAAAACAAAUAAAUAAUAAAUAAGUAAAACAAAUAAUUACUGCUAUGAUAAGUUUAAUGAUAGGGGGACCAGAGAUGACUGAGGGCUAAUAUAGCAGAGGUAUUUAAUGUAUUUAUGAGGAUUUGAGUUUAUUUGUGUCAGUUUGCGUGAGUCGCUCCCUGGGUGGUACAGAUAGAUGGUUAAUACAGUAGACUGCCCACCUAAAGGUGGGAGAUAUGAGUCCUUGAAAGAAAGGCCUGGUGAUCUACUGAAAAGUCAGUCACCGAAAACCCUAUGGAGCACAGUUCUUCUCUGACACACAUGGGGUUGCCAUGCAUUGGAAUUGACUCUAUGGCAACUGGUUUUCUUCUGCUGACAUAUAAAUUUGGAACAUCUUGGCAUCCCUCAGGGAUAUCUCUAGAAGUCUUCCUGUAUUCCUAAAUCCCUGAAGAUUUAUAAUGAGAGUUGUUGAAUUGUUGCAGACCCGAUAAUGAAUUUGAGAUAUGUCAAUAAGGACUCUUUCAAGUGAAAGAAACCCAACAAAAUUGUUUAACUAUUGCCUCAAAAAGAAAAUAAUGUGUUGGUUCAUAUAACUGACAAAUCUAGAGGUAUAUGACUUAAGAUAGAACGAGAUCCAGGUGAUUCAGUACCUUCAGGAAUCUCUAGCUCUGUCUCUGAGCUCUGUGGUCUUCUCUACGAGCUUCAUUUUUCAGCCGACUCUCCUCCAAUUGUGGCACAGUUGGUGUAUUAGCUUUGGGCUUAAUUCCUAUCAGUUUAGCAAUCCCAAAAGAAAACAGCUUUUUGACAACCGAUCUAGCGCAAGUCCUACCCCUGGGUGCUGAUGGCUCUGAUUGGCCUGGUUUAGGUCAUUUGCUCACUUUCAAACCAAUCCUUAUGUCCAGAAAGAUAAUAAUUUCUCAUUGGUUUGGCCUGAGUCACAUACACACCCUGGAACCUCCACCUUAAGCACUAGACUGAGGCUGAGGGAAGGGUAAUUCCCCAAAGAAACAUUAGAGCUCUGUUUCCAGAAGAAGGGGUGAAGGACUGCUGGAGGCAAAAGUAAUAGCUGUCUGCUACAGGUGGUAACAACAUAGCUGUUGUGAGCGCUGGGCAGUGGGCUCUGCUUCCUCAAGAGCCAGGGGAUUUGUAAUUUUAAUCCUGAGUAAAACUCAGGCCUUAGGAAACUGGCGAUCAGUGCAUGCCAUGGAUCUCCAGGGUCGCUUGAAAAUAGUUUAGCCGAUUACCAGUUACCUAGUGUUGAUAUAUUGCAUUGUAUGAUCCUGAUUACUCUUCAUAUACCUUAGUUCAUUCUAAAAAACAAUUCCAAGAAAAAUCACCCAAAGUGUAGUAUACUGUCUGGAACAUAGUAGAUUCUCAGCACAUAUUUGUUGAAUGAAUGUAUUAGGCACUUGCAUACAUUAAUUCUAAUUCUCAGAAAAAUCUUUUAAAUCAGUGCUAUUAAGUUUAAUGAAAGGGGGACCAGCCAAGGAAAUGCAGACUCCGAAAUGCUAAAUAACUUUGCUCAAAGUAGCAUAGGAAGUGAAUGACACCAUUUGAUUUCAAACCCAGGGCAGUCGGGUUCUAAAACCCAUUCAAGACAUAUGAUUGCUGUUAUGCAAUGGAGGAAACUAAGGAGCACAGAGGCCAGACACAGAGCUAGUUGAUGCCCAAGUGUGGAGAAAUUUGGUCCUCUGACUUCAGACACUGGACUAAUUCUUCUCAUGCUUCCUCUUCUUGUAUGUAAUCUGCCAACAGUGGAUAUAAAUUAUCAAAUCCAAUUGGGUGAAUUCAGGAGGGUACUUUGAAAGCAACUAAUGCUUUACUAAUUGUGUCGCUCAGAAACAAGGGCUUACAAAAUGUAAACCUGACAGUUUGGUAGGGCAAAUGCCACAGAUCAACCCAUGCCUUUAUGUUUGUUGGAGAGUUUUGUUUAUUUGAU